AUGUUGGGCCAGAGCAUCCGGAGGUUCACAACCUCUGCGGUCAGUAGGUGCCACUGUGAGGAGGGUCCUGGGAAGAAUUUGCCAUUUUCACUGAAAAACAAGUGGUGGUUACCAGCCCUGAUGUGUUUGUACUUUGGAUCUGGAUUUGCUGCACCCUUCUUUAUAGUAAGACACCAAAUGCUUAAAAAAAAAAAUAAGGAUGUUUCAGCUCAUCCAUUUAACGCCUGCGCGUUGACUUGUGGAGAGUUUAUUCUGAAGCCUACACUUAAUGAUUUGUUUACACCAGUAUGGAAGCUUCUCACUGUGGUGUUUUAA